AUGCCGAAUCGCCAAGGGAAAAAUGAAAGCCCAUUAACGAGCGGCCCCGAGGUGCGCGGCGGCUCCGGCGAGUCCAGAGCGAGCGGUCUGCCCCGGGGGGGUCCCGGGAGGGCUCGGGGGGACUGCCCACCCGCAGCCCCGCGCCGGCCCCGGGCGGCCGGGCGUGGGAAGGGGAGCCGGUGGCGCCCGGGACCCCCGGUGCGGGCUCCCCCCGCCGGGCUCCCAUUGGCCGCGGGGCGGGACGUGCCGCCCCGCUCCCGGCCCUAUAUUAGGGCAAUAUUGCCCCGGCGGGGCGCGGCGCUGCCCCGCGGACCAUGGACCUGGGGUACUUUCCCCUCGCCUUCCCGUCGGGGCUGUGCCGCGGGGCCCCGCAGCCCCCCUACCCCCGGCGGGGGGACGGCGCCUUCCUGGCGCUGGGCACCGGGGCCAGCGCCGCGCCCCCCGCGCCGCCUGCCUGCGCGGGGGCCGCGGGGUACGCGGCCGCCCCCCCCCGCGGCGCCGGGCCCCGGCUACCGGCCGUCCCGCGGAGCCGGGCCGCCGGGCUACGCCACGUCCAUUUUCCCCGGGAGCGGCCGCCCGCCGCCGCCGCCGCCGGAGCCCGGCCGCCACUGCCCCGGCGCGGGCGGCGGGGGGCUGCGGCGCCUCUCGCCCUGCCCCGGGGCCGCCCCCGGGCCCGGCUCCCCGGCCCCGGCGGCGGCCCCGGCGGCGCCGCGCACCUUCGAGUGGAUGCGAGCGAAGCGGAGCCCGCCCGGGAGAAGCGGCGCGGCGCCGUGCGGGGGGCAGCCUCCCGCCUGCCCCGCACGCACCAGCUUCAGCACCCGGCAGCUCACGGAGCUGGAGAAGGAGUUUCAUUUCAGCCGGUACCUGUCGCGGGCCCGCCGCCUCGAGGUGGCCCGCUCGCUGCGCCUCCGCGACGCCCAGGUGAAGGUCUGGUUCCAGAACCGCCGCAUGAAGCAGAAGAAGCGGGAGCGGGAGGCGCUGGCCGCCCCCGCCGCCGCGCCCACGGGUGCCCCGGGCGGCCCCGCAUGAGGCCCCGCCGCCCCCCACGGAGGGGUCUGCCGGGGACGUCGGGGCUCGGCUGGAAGCUGCGGCCGGCGGGGCACCCCAGGUGUCCUUGCCCGCGGGACCGCGGCGAUGUAGCUCCGCUGAUUUUUCUAUUGCAACUUACUUCCAGUUUUAUUUAUGAGGAUUCAGGGAAAGGUGCCAGCCCGAAACGCUGCUGGCUGCUCAAUGCCGGGCCGGGCCGAGGCAGCCGGCUGGCGCAGCUGGGAGCUAACGGGGACUGCCGCUCCCCCUGGGCAGAGCAGAGAGCGGCUCCGCCAGCUCCCCGGGAUCCGCGGGGCGGUGGGCGUACGGCGGGGCUGCCUCAAGCUCCCGACCCUUCUUCUUUUUGCAUUUAAAAAGAGACAUCCGCAGGCUCAGGCAACGUUCAUGCAGAAGAGGGGCAGAAACCCCGAGAAGGCAGAGCAGAGGAGAACAGGGAAAACAUCCUCUCACGGGAAGGGGCAGGGAUGGUCGCUGCUACCAGUAUGAGUCCAAGAUCCUCUUUUGAAAAAAAGUGCCCUUGUCUUCUGCCCUACCCUUCGCAAAAUUGCUGCAAAAAAAGAUGCUGUUUAUGCUUGUAUUUAUUCCUCAUUCGUUCCCAUUCCUUUUCCCGAUGCGGCUGAUUUAGUCCAAAAUCUGUUAGUAACUGUGAGGGAAGGUUUUAAAAGAAAUAAAAUCUCAGGAGGAGUACGUCUUCCCAUUCCAACUGCAGAGGUGCUGAGAUUUUUCUUGCAGAGGCUCUGGGCUGCCUGAGACCGGCCAGCAGCUGCUCCGCUGGCUCCCAGCACCUCUUGCAUGUGCCUGGGCACGGACAAGAUAAUAUAAAGCCUCCUACAGCAUCUAGGACCAGACUUUCAGAUCAUCCAGCUCUCCCAGGCUUGACUGUAUCUCAUGGUUAAAGAAAUGCACCAUAUUAAAUCACUUUGCAACAAUCUUACCACAUGCAAAACCUCAAGAGCUGUUAAAGUGCAGAAAGAUGCUUGGGUUUGACCACAGACCUCUGCCAGCAAAAGACCAAGAGGAUUCCUUGUUCAAAAAGAGUGACAAUGACUGAUUACCCCGUACAAGUGCAAAAUUCACCAGUGAUCCUCACUUCUCACGAUUUCAUCUUUCCCAGCGAUAAAAUAACAGUAUCAAAGUGGACAAAGGAGUCGAGUUUAGACUCUUUCCCACCUGUGACUGAGAAAGCAUGACAGCAGUGUGGAGAGGACUGACAUCCAGAUUUACGAGAAGGUGGUUUUAUUUAUCUGUGGCACAAAACAAUUUUGGGUGACUGUCCCUUUGCUGGGUGUUGGACUUUGGGGUGAAGAACAAAUUGUAGCACCAGGGGAGAUGGAUCUCAGGGGACCUGUGAGCACUGGGUCCCUGUCUGGAAGCCAGCCCCAGACACUAACAGCUGUUGGUCUUUGUUGGAUGCUUGCUGGGCAAAAGAAACACAGAGAGAAGAUGAAGAUGGAUGGCUCAAGUCAGAAAGUCCGCAAUGUAGGGGGUAUUUAUUCUCUGUAAUACCUUCCAUUCCCCAAGGUGACCCUCUGCUUACAGGCUUUCUUAUGAAGACUUCUCUUCUGCCGAGAGACUGGGAAGCCACCGCCGAUGGCAGCUUCAGCAGAGGUUGGUGGGAGCCCUGGGAAAUGGCGUGCUCCCAAAAGCUGGGCAGGCACGUUGGGAUGAUGCUGCGGCAGCAGGCCCAUGGCUGAGUGGGAGCAGGAGGCCUCCUUGGCAAGGAGAUGGGUUCCCUGCAGUGAGCAUCUGAGGGAGGGGACGUCCCAAGGCAGAAGUGCUUGGUCACACAUCCUAUCCUGACUGUACCUGGAAAGUACAAUAAAGCUAGAGGCUUGCAGCUGUGCAUGCGCACAGGAACAUUUUUGUUCUGUAUAUGGUGUAUACGGUUCACAUCCCACUGGCUUAUUCACUUCAUGGGUUAUCACUGAAAAAUUCUCAGGACCGAAGUACUCAUGUGAAACUAGUUGCAACCAAAAUAUGUGGUUUGCAGUUCCUUAUUACAGUAGUGACACCAAACAAGCAGUUUAUACUGCAGGCUGAUCAUUCAUUAAAAAAUAGAAAAUAAUAUUUCUGCCACCUGUUUUUGAGAAGAUGCUUUUUAAAGCAGAAUAAAGCAAAAUCUGGUAAAAUUUAUGAAAAUUCAAGUAAAUCAAAUUUGUUUUGCAAGCUGAAUAUUAAAGGCAAGUCAAUUACUAA